GGUGGGCGGCCAUGGACGUGACCUUCGUGUGCUCGUCGUCGGGGGAGGCGCCGUUCAAGAUGGAGGUGGGCUUCUUCGACACCGUCAUGGACAUCAAGCAGAAGCUCCAGGGGCGCAACGGGUGGCCCGCCGCCGCGCUGUCCCUCUUCCACGACGGCGGCGCGCUCGUGGACGACGACGACGCCGGCGCCGCCGGCGUCACCGAGCGGUACGGCGUCGUGGAGGGCUCCGUCAUCCACGUCGCCCUCGACGGCGACGACAGGCGGCCGCGUCAGGAGAAGAAGAGUGGGGUCAGGAGGCCAAAGGCCCGGCGAGACGGCGUCGCCGCGCCGGCGCCGGCGCCGCUGCGGGUGACGGUGGUGUCGCCGUGCGGCGCGGGGCGCGUGGAGGUGGCGGUGCGCGCGCGGGGGGCGGUGUCGGCGCUGCGCGGGGAGCUGGAGCGGGGCGCGGCGUCCGGGUCCGGGUUCCCGCUGCCGCCGGGCGGCGGCUACUUCUUCAUACACGGGCAGAGCGUGAUGGACGAGGCGCGGUCGUUCGAGUGGCAUGGCGUGGCCGCCGGCGACGAAGUCGUCGUCUUCGAGGGCUCCGUCACCAGAGCGCCGGCGUGCUGAACGGGCGCCUGGACUGGACUGCAAAUCUGUUAGCGCGGGAAGCUUUUUUUUCAAACUAGAAGCUCUCUUGCAUCAAACAACUUACCCAAGACGAAAAAUCGUAACUUCAAACUACUGAGUAGGAGUAUGUCAUUAUUUUUUAGGAUAAUUUUUUGAAUUUUGAAUCUACCUUCUUCUUGCAUGUUUUGUCCACCAAAUUACACAAUGAAUUCAUUUAUAGCCGUCCACUUUAUCAGAUCGAACGGCCC